AUGGUCAUAUUCGGAGGACUUGAAAUCCUUGCUGCGGGCUACGUGCUCAACGAGCUUGGCAAAGACGAAGACAAAGCAAAGCAGAAUGCAGAACGACGACGGCGUCGCCACCAUCAUCAUCAUCACCAAGACGACUCGGAAAUUCGACAUCGACCCCAGCGGCCUGCACAGCACUCUCUUGCGCCGCCGAGAACAGGUCCACCACGCCCUAACAGCGCACCACCUGUUCAACCACUGUAUCAACAACCGCCACCUCGCCCAGGACCGUGGCAAACCCCUCAUCAGGCUCAAUUUCAACAUCAUCAGCAGCCGCCAGUCCAACGACCACCAAAUACCCAGACAUGGCCUCAGCAGCCGCCGGCACGACCACCACAAUUUCAGACACCACCUCCGCCGUAUACGCAACAGCCACCACCGCCAGGACCGGGCCAUCUCCAGUCUCAGCCGACCAUGCACUACGACAUGAAGACCGGCAAGUGGCAGGCGGGAAUGCUUCCACCUGAGAUGCCUCGGGCCAACUCAAUGCCUGUGACAGGACAGACCCGUCCUCGCAGCACCAGUGCUCAGCCACCCCCUUCAGGCCUUCAACGAUCACGACGGGCGUACUCUUCAGGCUCGUGGUCAUCUUCCGAAGCAGACAGCAACAGCGACGACGAUGAUAUGGCGUACGGGGACCUGCCGGGAAAGAAGCAGUCCCAUGGGAGUCACGCUGCCGGGCUUGCAGUUCCAGUGUCGACACUGAACAGGGCUCCCAGCCACGAGAGGGAGAGGCCGGCACAGCUGCAACAGCACCCGCAGUAUCAGCAGCCGCAGGAGUUGCAUGGGCAAUCUAGGCAGAGUACGAAGCCUGUAGAGCAUGACUGGUACGCAGAUCAGAACCAGAGGAGACGGCAGCAGCAGCAAAGGGGACCAUUUGAGAUGGAGCAGCCGAUCAGAUAUGAGCUGCCUUAA